AUGCCUGUUCUCAUGGGUAAAUUCGCUAGGGCAGGCUUAGCGAGGCCUCCUUAUCCCCCUCUGACUGGUCUCCUCUCCCUCCCCGUGCAGAAUAUUGCCGGAACACUCGCUCUGAUCCCGUCGACUUGUUACAAAUCGUAUGUUUGGUGGAACCGUCCGAGUUCGGCUCUGGAUGACAUUGAUGCGGCAACCACAUUCGCUCCUUUGUGUUCGACGACAAGAACAAUGUCAUUGAGGCAUCCUUUUCCGAAUGUCUACAAAUUCUUCAACCAAUUUGCCGACCCCAACCAAGCUUCACCCGAGCAGUCUUCACGGAGUCAGGGUUUGCGAAAGAGCGGCCCUCGCUCGAAGACGGGGUGCUCGACAUGCAAACAGCGUCGGGUCAAGUGUGACGAGACGAAGCCAGGAUGCAUCCGAUGUCAGAAUUUGGGUCGGGAAUGCGGUGGAUAUAGUACGAUCGAGCAAGACUCAGAGAAGCAAGUAACACCCGUAGCCAUCCACCCAAGACCAGUUUCUGUGAUGCCAUACGCACCAUCGACAGCUAUUCCGGGGACUGCUGAGGAGCGACGGUAUUUUCAGCGCUUUUGCGACAAGACCGCCGGCGAAAUUGGUGGAGAAUUCGAUCCGACUUUUUGGACAGAAAAGGUUCUUCAGCUGUGUCAUUCCGAUGCGCCUAUCCGUUACGCUACGAUAGCUUUGGGCGCGCUCGCAAAGUCAUUGGAGGUAACUUCGUUCCCUACUCGACUGUCGCUCUCAGGAUUCCCGGACAUCGAUCACCACCACAUGGAUGAGCAUCACAGUUAUGCAUUAGACAAAUACAGUAAAGCGAUUGGAGCAUUAAGAACACUAUUAUCGGAUGGACGACGACACUUGAGGAUCUCACUAACGGCUUGUGUGCUUUUCAUGACAUUUGAGGCGUUGCAAGGAAGCUAUAAUGGAUCGUUGACGCAUCUGAGAGGCGGCUCGAGAUUGUUGGCGGAUUGGAGAAUCGCACGAAAGGGGCAAAGUUCGAGGCUAUCGCAAGACUCGCUGUCAGAGAUUCAGGAUGGAUUGGUUGAUGACUUAGGCCGGAUGUUUUCACGACUCGACGUCCAAGGAUUGUUCAUUCCACCGCCGUUCCCCAUGCCCGAAUGUGACUGGGAGGAUGUUGUAACGACCGAUUCCUUCUGUAGUGUCCAGGAAGCACGGGAAUCAUGGGAUUUCCUCAUGCAAGGCAUCGCGCAAUUCUACUUGAAAUCUGUUGGCCACGCGCAACAAAAUCCGGAUAUAUUGAACUCACAUUUCUGGAUGCGACAACACGAGCAUUACUCAAAUCAACUCAAUCAGUGGAGGUCAGCGUUUCAAGCGGUGUACUCAGCGGAAAUCAAGGCAGGAGCCAAUUUGACGGACGUAACAAACAUUCUCAGCAUUUACUACAAUCUCGCCACGGUGUUGCUCGCUUCUAGCGUUCAACAUUCGGAGAUGCUGUAUGAUGAAUUCACCGCGCUUUUUCACGAAAUCAUAACAAAGUCCAGCCAACUCAUCACACGGCCGGACGAACCAACCAAUACGGCACGAUACACGCUCGAUAUGGGUACUGUACUUCCUCUCGCCAUCACAGCAAUCAAAUGCCGUGACAUCAGAAUACGUCGUCGAGCAAUUCAGUUAUUAUGGUCAAAGGCACGAAGAGAAGGACUAUGUUUCGACACCAUCACCGUUGCUCGUCUAUGCGCGUGGCUCUCACAAAUUGAAGGAGAAGGUAUCCCCGAGGACUCAGAAUCGAUUCCAGAAAGUGCGCGAUACUUGGUGACAUAUCUGCAUAUAAAUUCAGAAGAACGAUGGCUGGCGGUGCAACUGACAUCGGCCAUUCCACGAGAGGAUGGAACCCUCAAUUACAGAGAAACGACAUUUUCUUGGUAG